AUCGUUUAUUAGCCUUUCAGACAGAGUCCACUGCGAUACGCCUCGACGACAACAACGCAUAAUGUUUGGUUCAUAGAUAUUUGAUGUGGAUAUAAUAGUUAUAAAACUGUUCCACAAUAUGGGGGUUUGGAGGAUUGCUGUUGGCUUGACCAUUAUUAUAACAGCGCAGUUUGCUGGGUGUUUGGAAAAUACUACGGAAGUUGCAGACACAACCAUACUUCCACCAGACCCGUUUCUCUGUUCUGGUAUUCUGCCCGGGGACAUAGACUUCCAGACCGUCGAUCUUAUCGCUGUGUAUAGACUGGACCGCCCAGAAACCACGGGCAUAACAUUGGUACAAGGCUCGCAGGAUUUACAGAGGGCUUACAGAAUUGGUGAUGGAGCUAACCUUACUUUGCCCAUACGGAAAGCCUUCCCAAACGGUCUACCAGAACGGUUCAGCAUAACUGCUACAUUUAAUGCAAGGAACCAGGAUAGACCCUGGAGCGUUAUCAGAGUUAGAGCUAAGAGUCUGAUCUUCUCCCUUACCUUGUUGCCCCAUGUAAAGAAAUUGGCCGUUUUUGCGCAAAACAGCAGAGUCAUCUUCUCUUGCCCAGAGUUAUUCCGGCCAGGCUGGCAUAAAAUUCACGUGGGAAUUACAAAUGAUACAGUGUACGCAGCUGUUGAUUGCGUCGAGUUGGAGCCAGAAGUAAUAAAUACCCACAACUUUAGCAACGCCACUAGUGUUAGCAUCGUAUCGAAUGAUGACGGAACGCCGGCUCCUGUAGAUCUUCAAUGGUUAUCUAUAAGCUGCAAUGUAUUUAAUCUCACUGAGGAGAGUUGUGAAGAAAUUGAAAUAGCAGAGCCAUUAAUAGACGACCCUGAAAUGUCGACUGGUUCACAAACUUCGUCCAGUAAUCCAUUCCUACUACCUGCAUGUAAUGCUACAUGUCCUCCGGGACCACAAGGGCCGCCGGGGUUGAAAGGGGACCAGGGCCCACCGGGUUAUACUGGAUUGCCAGGCGUUCGCGGUCUGCAAGGCCCUCCGGGUAUGAUUGGCCCACCGGGACUUAAAGGAGUAAAAGGAGAGCAAGGAUUACCAGGGAUAAGUGGCAAUGUAGCCGUGGUGCCAGGGCCACCCGGUCUUCCAGGAGAACCAGGGCGACGGGGUAGUAAAGGCGAAAGGGGGGAACCGGGGCAAAAGGGGGAACCGGGUGAAGCCGGUUUAGUAGGAUUGUCUGGUCUGCCUGGAGUUGAUGGAAAAGAUGGACAACCGGGUCCUCCAGGACCAUUUGGGCCACGUGGUGAAAUUGGUCCUCCGGGCCCUCCAGGUUCAAUUGCACACGUAAACACGUCUAUGAUACACGGUAGUAAAGGAGAGAAGGGUUCUCCAGGGAGACCGGGGCGGGAUGGCGAGCCGGGGCCCCGCGGGCUUCCUGGCUUAGUCGGGCCAGUUGGUCUACCGGGUCCUCAAGGGUUUGCAGGUACGGCUGGACCUCAAGGAGAAAGGGGCGCACCCGGCUUACCAGGCCCAGAAGGAAAACCGGGGCCUGAAGGACCACAGGGUCCAGAAGGUCGGCCAGGACUAGCUGGUCUUCCGGGGCCACCGGGGUUGUCUGUCCCACCUCUGUCUAGUACUCCAGGGCCACCAGGUCCGCCGGGUGAAAGAGGACAGAAAGGAGAGGCAGGGAUUGCAGGUGUACCAGGGAGAGAUGGAUUGGAUGGUAUCCCAGGGGCCCCGGGCCCUCGGGGCCCACCGGGCAUUUCUUCUCCUAGAGAACUAAUUGUAGAGCAACCUUCAAUGACCGAAGCCGACGUGAGGAAUAUUUGUCAAGCGCUAUUACAAGACGGGUUGAAGGCUUUAGCGGAUACUUUAUUGGCUGUGCCGGUGUCUGCGGGCCGACGAGGGCCACCGGGGAGACCAGGUCCAGCAGGACCGGCGGGUGUACCUGGUGAGCCGGGAUCCCCCGGACCGCGCGGGUACCCGGGGGAGACCGGAGAGCCGGGGCGGCCCGGCGCACCGGGCCUCAGCGGGGAUAAGGGGGAUAAGGGGGAACGGGGACCCGAGGGCGUGGGGCUUCCGGGGCUUCAAGGGCUUGUUGGGUUGCCGGGGCCCGUUGGUCCUCCGGGUCCAGAAGGAAGACACGGUGAGCGAGGAGACCCUGGCAGAGAAGGUGCAAUAGGACCCAGAGGUGUUCCAGGUCCCAGGGGCACGUGCGAGUGUCCCACAGCCUCCUAUUAUGCUUACCCACAGAUAAUAGGCAAUGUGAAGGGGCCAUAAAUAAAAUACCCAUAUAAAUUGAUUUACAUUAUCUGUGAAUAAGACAAUGAUUUGAAAUUUUGUAAUAAAUAUUUCUAACAAUAUUAUGAAUCCGAAUUUUUAUGUAAGUGUGAUUUGUUUUUUACCCAAAACCUGUAAAAUUGACUGCGCUGAGAUUUUGUAUAAUUAGAUAGAUUGUGCUCUCGGGUCAUAUACCUAUGUAUGAAGUAUUUUUUACAUUAUUUUUCGUCAAAACGUUAAUAUAUGUGUUCAUUUUCAUAGGACCGCUUUAUUUUUCAAAGUAUUGUAAUUAUUAUUUAAUGAUAACAAAAUUUGGUUUACCUAUACAAUGACAGAAGCGGAGUCGCCUUUUUUCGUUUGAUGACCAAAAGCAAUGGAGAACCAUUAUGUCUCCAGGUAACAUGAUAGAGAAAACGAGAGAAAAUGUAUCAAACAAGCUGUUCAACCCGAGUCCGCUCUGGUAGUCGUGUUUACGUCAGC